AGCAGACAGCCGUCGGGUCCCGGUGUCGCGGUAUUCCGGGCGGCUGCAGCGGAGCAUCAGAAGCCCGGCGCCCUCAGGCGGAGCCCCGGUCAGCGUGUGCCCGCCCCGGCGCUCCUCGGCCCCCGCCUGAUGCCACGGUCUUAAUCGAACCACUGCAGAGCCAAGAUGAAGACUGCAGCAGAAGAAAAGCCGGCGGUGGAACCCAGAACCCUCGACCGGCCCCCCCACGAGCCGCGUGGCAGAACCUUCAGAGAGGGGAACGAGCCAGAGCGCCCCAAGGACCCCGAGGAUCCUGGGAAAGCAGAGGAACCCGAGGAUCUUGGGAAAGCAGAAGAAUCUGAGGAUUCUGGGAAACCAGAGGACCCCAAGGAUCCUGGGAAAGCAGAGGAACCCGAGGAUCUUGGGAAAGCAGAAGAAUCUGAGGAAUGUGAGGAACCCAAGGAACCGGUGUGCCUGUGCAGGCAGUGUGGGAGUGUUCUCCCUGAGCAGAGCCCCCACAGGGAGCACGUCUGGAACCGGGCCGGACCGUACCAGUCCGACCGGGCCGGACCGUACCUGUGCUCCCACUGCGAACAGAACUUCAGCCCACCAAAAGAUCUGACGGGCCACGCUGGAGUCCACAGCGAGGACAAACCCCACAGCUGUGACUUCUGCGGCAGAAGCUUCCGCUGUUUGAGCACGUACAAGAACCACGUGCGCAUCCACACCGGCGAGAAGCCGUACCGCUGCGCCUUCUGCGGCAGCAGGUUCACGCAGUGCAGCACCUACGUGCAGCACCUGCGCAUCCACACCGGCGAGAAGCCCUACACCUGCCAGCAGUGCGGCCGGAGCUUCAGCCGCGUCAGCUACUACAACCAGCACCGGCGCGUCCACACCGGCGAGAAGACCACCUGGUGCCGCGUCUGCGGGCGGGGCUUCGGCCGGCUGGGGAGCUACGUGCGCCACCUGCGCAUGCACACGGGCGAGAAGCCGUACCGCUGCGAGCAGUGCCACCGGAGCUUCAGCCAGUCGGGCAGCUACAGCCAGCACCUGCGCACCCACAGCGGUGAGAAGCCGUACUGGUGCUCGCUCUGCAAGCGCUACUUUGCGUGGUCGCUGUCCCUGAGGAAGCACCGCUGCGUCAGAGCGGACGACGACGAGGCGGACCGCGAGACGGACGCCGUUUGAUCACGUCGGCCUUCGCCUCUCGUGCUUCCAGAAGCGAUCCGUCCCGAGAAAACACUUUUAACAUUCCAACUUUUUCAUGUUGAAAGAGAGCAUGACCGGUCAGAACCAGGACUGCUGAGGCCCUGCCCACACCACAACCACAACCAGGGACAACUCCAGACUUCUUCUGUUUCCAUGGCAACAGUGCUGGGAGUCACCAAAACAAUCACUUGUUGGAACCGGUUGCAAAGGUUGAGCUGGUCUGAGACGCUCCAGGAGGAAUAAGCAAGGCCGCCUCCAGAGCGAGUCCCGGGUCGACAGCGUCGCAGCGUCCAGUCCGUACUGCUACUCCCCAUUCUGAAUGUUUCGAGCGCAUCAUGAUCUGUCCACGUGUGUGUGGACUCAACACACACACCACCAACAGCGACCCCUUGUGGCCUGACACGCCAACUACACCGUUUCAGUGUUUCUGCUGUGGCCGUGUGAACGCCACACGUUUCUGAAACUGACACGAAAUUUCCCUUAAGGCGUGAAUGUUUUCUCUGUUUGCCCUUGCACAUGAUAAGCCCUAUGGAUGGUUUCUUCUCAAGAAUUAAUGGUAAAACAAACAAAAUAAAUAAAAUACUUCUUAAAACGCA